CCGUCAGUGGUGACACUUCAACUCUCGUUACCAGCGCGGAAGUUGAGGCUCGCGUCUGCCUUCGAUUUGGCAAAGGAAAGUUCUUCUUUCUGGGUUGAAAUUUCAUAUGUCAAGAUCGUAGUAGCCAGAGGCGCAAAGUUUAAAUACCGAGUAAAUCAAGGUUGAGCCGGGUUAUGUUGCAUCAAGACAAGCAUUGGUAUUUUAUAACCAUAAUCAAUAUUCCAAGGCGAUUAUUCGAUUCCAAGUCACUGUACUCGAGAAAAACUGAUGGAUAAGUUGCUAAAUCUUUUCAAUUCUAUGGUAUCAAUGACUGCGAUGCAAGAUUAUCAUUUAUAAUGCUGAUAAGGCGAGUGGAUUUGUAUCGACUCUCAGCUCCUAGAUAACCGCCGUUCGUCCAAUUGCAUCUGUAAUUCUGAAGGUUUUAAAAUGCUAGACAACCUAUUAAUGGCCAUUUCUUCAGUAAUUAGUCUCAACACACAAUGAUCCAGAAAAUUGAUACUGACAUUCAAAAGAAGCUGACGGAAGAUUAAAUUCAAGAUCAAUGCAGGAAUAUAAAAUCAAGAAUAUUAGAAAAUAAAUCACAAUUACAAGAACAUUUAAUUAUUAUGUCAUGUAACAAUCGUCGGGAAAGUACCGCUUGUUACCAACAUAAAGAUAUUUAUAUUGAACACCAUAAGUCAUUGGGACGAUGAAUGAACUGAAAGAUAUAUUUGGAACUAUCUCCAACAAAGUGAUGUUUAAAAGGGAAGGAGAAUUAUUUUUACCAUAUCCUUAGAAGACUUUCCAAUAGGAGUUUUAAAAAAAUACAAAAAACAAAAAUUCCACAAAUGCCGUAAAUCGAUUAAAAACAUUUUACGAAAUUCAAGAUUGAACUUAGUUAUAUCUAAUUCUGUAAAAAUGUUUCUGUUGACUUCUAUAUUCCACCGAAGUACCUUCACGUUUAUGGCACUCAUAUUGUUACUAUAUUUCUUAUUCAUGGAUAUUAUGCUAUAUUUCCGAGUACAUAAUUACUCGAUUAAGCCCAGUGAUCACAAGCCUCAAUAUGAAGGAUGGAUCGCGUGUUAUUAUGAUCCUCUGUGCGUGGUGACCGUGAAAGGCCUAAUGUCAGAUCAUCCCAACUAUUACCUACUUAGUCCACUUGCCGCUGUUGUAAAUCAGGCGAUUAGAAUCAGUGAUUGCGAGUGGAUUUCGCCAAAUCUAAUCAGCGGAUGCCACGUGUUGGUAGCUAUUGCAGCUGGGAAAUGUGCCUCAAGUAAUUCCCUUUCAGAGAGGCGACUUGCCGUAUUACUUUUUGAAAUUAGAACAUGGUUGGAUGAUUUGGAUGGUCACGUAGCUAGAAAGAGGAAGCAUAUUGACGGAGAGUAUUCCGAUGUUGGGUCGAUUGGAUACUUCGUAGAUGGAAUCUGUGAUGCAGUUGGUUGCAUAGCCUUGAUGAUUGGAAUUUUCUGCUACUUUCAGAGAAAUGUAGCAGGAAGAGGUUAUGAGAAACUUCGUAAUGUCUGGCCUCUGGUGGAUGCUCGAGAAAUCGACAAAGAGACUGUGUAUAGGAGACGAAGACACCGCAAUGUGAUCCGGACAGUGAUCCUCUUCGCCGGGUACCUUUUGGUCAGCAGCAUCGGCUGGAAUCGUUAUAUUUCUCUCUAUCAAGAUUUGUUGGAGAAUGACAAGGUUUUUUCUUCCAUUUCUAGGGAUGAAUUGUUUGCUAGACAAGCGAAAGUUAUGCAGUCUAAUUCCUUUUGGGCUAUGUCGACAGCCUGGAAGCUGAUCAAUUUUCAUAUUGCUUUGGACUAUUUGCUGUUGGCAAUGUUCCUGGAUAGACUCUGGGAAUAUAUGAGAACGUUGCGUUGGCUUGGAUACAUAAUUGUCUUUGUGGUUAUCUAUUUCACCGAGUUCCACUUCCUUGAAUCAUAUGCUUUCAUUCGAAGAACGUCUGCGACGUCUGAGCUUCUGACUUCAGAAAUAUUGUACGCAUGGAAUGAGACAAGCGUUCACUGAUAAUAAAAUAAGAUCACAUGGAAGUGGAAUUCUUGCAUCGCCACAACGAACCGAUGAGGAAAUUAUUGCAUCAUAUUCACAAGUCUUCCCUAUUUCCAAGAUUGUACGACAUUCACCAAACCUGUCACCAAUAUUACCGUUGCUGCAUGGGAUAGUAAAUAAUAGUCAACACAUGCAUUUGGACGAACGUAAAUUUCUGGUUACAAGGGGUCCUAUUUUAAUAAUUGGAUGGUACAAUAAAGGUGUGAUUGCUCCAUUGUAUGAUGCCAAUGGCACUGUAGUUGCAAUUAACAUAUUAUACGAACGCACAAUGACAAUGAAUGAGGCAUCUCAAAAGCUAAUGGGCGUGGGUCAUCCCAUGCGUGCUUCUUCGUAUGAC